CUUAUCCUACCAGUUACUAUCUUGGAAAUAAGGGGGGGAUAUACAAAAGUGAUGUGUAAAGAGAAAUACGAAGCAGUUGAGAAACUUACGGAGUAGUGAAGGCAUGUGUUGAUUAUCGUCAUAAUUUUUAUUACCAAUAACAAUGUUGAUUAUAAUGUUUUUAUAUUUUCUAUGCAAUCCGAUUUUUUGCAAUACACAGGACGAAGACGAGCCAUGUAUCACUAAUAACAAUUUGCCAGGUAUUUGUAAACUUCUUCAACAAUGUCCUUCAGUUUAUGAAAAUUUAUUAAAAGGAUUAAGUUCACAUAAAAUAUGUGGAUAUCUUAAUUUUGAUCCUGUUGUAUGCUGUCCAGACAUAAAAAAAAUAUCUACAACUACAAUUAGAACUACAACAACUAAAAAAACAACUGCAAUUACAACUUUUCUACCAUUUACUGCAAAGAUGAAAACAAAAGCAAAAUGUGAAGAAUACAGUAGAUACGUAUACACGACCGAAUAUCCACCAACUUUAAUAAACAAUAAAAAACCUGUAAAUAAAUCUUUGUGUUACAUUAAAGAUCGUACACUUAUCGUCGGUGGUACAAAAGCUGAAGCAAAAGAAUUUCCGCAUAUGGCUGCAAUUGGAUUUGACACACUAGAUGGCAUUGUUUGGGCAUGCGGUGGCACAUUAAUUUCAGAAAGAUUCGUUUUAACCGCUGCACAUUGUACUUUUAACAGAAACUUGAAUAGCACUGCAAAUUGGGUACGAUUAGGUGAUUUAAAUCUCGAGAGAUCGGAUGAUUAUGCAAAACCAGAAAAUUUUCGUGUCAUUGAGCGAAUAAGAAAUCCUCAUUAUAAGCCACCAUCACAAUAUCAUGAUAUCGCGCUUCUUAAAUUAGAAAGUGAUGUGCAAUUCAAUGCGUGGAUAAGACCCAGUUGUUUACCGUAUUCUUUACCGGAUAGUGGCCUUGAUGGUAAGGCAACUGCAACAGGAUGGGGAGAUGUUGAAUGGCACGAAAGCGGUUCAAAUGAUUUAUUAAAAGUCACAAUUAGUUUGGUAUCUCAACCAAAAUGUAAUAAGUUAUUCAUCGGAAAUGAGAAAAACAAUAAACUCAAAUUCGGAAUCACAGAAGAUUCGCAAAUCUGCGCCGGUGAACUUGGAAAAGAUACUUGUCAGGGAGAUAGUGGUGGACCACUUGUCAUCUUAAAUCGAGAUUACGAUUGUAUGUAUACUUUAAUCGGUGUAACGAGUUUAGGGAAGCUUUGCGGUACCAUUAUUCCUGGUAUAUAUACUCGCGUUUAUAAUUAUAUUUCAUGGAUAGAGAAUAUAGUUUGGCCAGAUUUAUAAUACAAAUAUGAAGAUCAAGUGAUUUGUUAAAAUAUUGGAUAUCUCAUUUGAAAUGUAAUCAUAUAUUCACUAAUAGCGAAAAGGACAAUAGAUUCGAGUUUGGAAUUGUGAAUAAUUGGCAAAUUUAUACUGGUGAACUUAGAAAAGAUACUUGUCAGAUAUAUUUUAAAAAUAAUA